AUGGACAACGCUGCCUCAAUCACAGUUGCAGUUCGAAUCAGACCCGUCACAGAAUGGGAAGCCGCGCGUUUGCCAGACCCGCUCGACACAACGCGUCCAUUUUUUGGCGACGGUAGCCUCGCGUCGCACGUACAAGGGCAUAAGUUCGGCCAGUUCCGCAAGAUCAUUGCAUACGAGGAAGACGGUUCACUUAUUUAUGACCCAAUGGAUCCCCAAGCAGAGGCCAUCUACCGUCAAAAGGGAUAUCUUCCUCCAGGCACAUAUCGUUACAAGCAUAGAAAAUACCAAUACGAUGUCGUAUUUGGCCCAGAAGUGACUCAGCAAGCCGUAUUUGAGAGGACAACGAAACCGCUCCUGGACGGAAUUCUGGAUGGAUACAACGGAACAGUCUUUGCGUAUGGUGCCACUGGUUGCGGCAAGACCCAUACCAUUAGCGGGACGCCAUCAGACCCCGGUAUCAUUUACGCUACCAUGGCAGAGCUAUUCCAACGAAUAGACGAACGUCGAGAGGAUUAUGCAAUCGACGUUUCUCUCUCUUUUCUGGAAAUCUACAAUGAGGAGAUCAGAGACCUGUUGGCCCCUGCUGGAGCAGACACCCCGCGGGGCGGGCUGGCCAUUCGAGAGAACAGCGCGAACAGAGUCACUGUGGCCGGACUUACCGAGGUCGUUCCUACAAGCGCGGAUGAAGUAAAUGCUAUCGUGCAAGCUGGUAAUGCUCGUCGAACCCAAUCGCCCACCCACGCCAACGCAACCUCCUCUCGCUCACAUGCUGUUCUGCAAAUAAACGUCACUCAGUCCCCACGAACACCUGGUGUUACAGAGGAACGCACUAUGGCGACGUUGUCCAUCAUCGACCUCGCUGGGAGCGAGCGGGCAAGCGCCACCAAGAAUAUGGGAAAACGCAUGGUUGAGGGAGCAAACAUCAACAAGUCCCUACUCGCGCUCGGAAACUGUAUCAAUGCGCUUUGCGAACCCAAGACCCGCGCUCACAUCCCUUACCGAAACAGCAAGCUCACUCGUCUCCUCAAGUUCUCCCUGGGUGGAAACUGCCGGACGGUCAUGAUCGUCUGUGUGGCUCCCACGUCGCAGCAUCUAGAGGACACUGGGAACACACUCGCAUACGCAAACCGAGCGAAAGAGAUCAAGACGAAGGUGUCCAAGAACAUCAUGGAUGUGGAUCGUCAUGUUGGACAAUACGUCGAAGCCAUCAAUCGACUCAACGACGAGGUCCGCGAACUCAAGGCUAAACUCGCCGGCGAGAUGGCUGUCGAGAAUGAAGCCGUCAAACGUCGUCGCGCCAACGCGGCCAAGGCGGUGGAGAACGUUCGUGCAGAGAUCCGCGCGCUUGCAGCAAAGAGCAGGACAAUGCUCUGUGCUGGCUCGUUCACAGCUGGCAAUACUGCGGCGUCGCAAGCAAAACUCGAUGUCCUCCGUAUACGUGUCAAAGAGUUGGAUUCUAUGGCCGACCCCUCGUCCGAAGUCGAGGUAGAAAAGGGUCUUUUGCGCGCCCUCAUUAACGCCGAGGAGGAGUGUGUUCGAAAAGAGGCCGAUACCAUUUCCAAGGCGAUGAGCUCAGCCGCUCUCUUCGCCACGAAUAUUGGACUGGCGCAAAGGCGGAAGGGUGACGACUGGGAUGAGAUGGCUCCGACUAUCGUCAAGCUCGAAGGGGAUACGGUACUGGCUGAGAUGCGCGCAGCUCAGGCGGAGCAUGAAAGAGACGGGCUCAAGCAAGCUCUUAAAGGGCAGGCAGCGGUCAUCACCACUCUCGUUGGCAUGCUGGCGCGAACGAAUGCUCUCAUGGUCGACGGGGUUCAGAUGCUCCGUAGCGGAUCAGAGGCAGCGAUGAGCAAUGAAGAUAUUGCUAAUCGUUUACAAAUCCUCAUUGAUCUCAACAGCAAGACCUUUACAGAUGUUAUCGGCGUUGCUGUUCCGACAACAGGCGGAAGCAAGAAGACUGGAUUUGCCGCGCUGUCUACACGCCCAACUACGAAGCGGCCUUCGGUCAAUGGCGCUCCUCCCACUCGUACUCGCCCAUCAAUGGGCACGCGUCGCACUUCGUUGAGUGGACUCGGAUCGCCCGGCCGUCGCCACAGCUAUCGAUCUCCACGAAAGCCAUCAUCUCUUCGUGCCGGUGCAAUCACUACUACUGGAAGAAAGGUGUCUGGAGAGAAAAAGUCUGUUCGCUGGGCAGUUCCUAUCAAACCAGACGAGUCGUAUGUAGAGCCCUCUACACCAAAGGCGAAGGUGUCCAUUGCUCUACCGACAUCCGAGUCCGAGGAGUGGGAGGAUGAUCGGACUGAUGAGAGCUCUGCUGUCGAGACUUCCUCCAUGUCUCUGGAUGCCGCUAUCAUGACGAUAGGUGCGAGUACCGCCAUGCCCAGUGGGUCGUCCUCAGGACCUGCUGUGCGCAAGAUCAAGAUGGACGAGCCCAAGGUCGUUCUCGAUAGUCUCAAGGAGGAGGAUGAACAAACUCCGCGCCGGACGGUCCUAGGCGAGCACAAUCAACAAGUGACGGCGUCAGCGUCUAAAGCACGACGGCGGUCUGGCAUCGGUUCUCUUCGCAGUGAUCGCGUUCGACGACGCUCGAGUUUGAUUCCUCAGUUAUCGCCCAAUUAUAAGGAAGUGGCCAAAGCUGCUGCCGCUGGCGGAACCGCAACGGGAGAGGCACCGGCCAAAGCGCACCACAAGUCUCCCAAACGCCCAAAGCGGUCCUCACUACUUGGAGUCUUGUCCUCGAGCAGAGUGCGUCCAUCAUUGUUGAGGAUCGGCGUUGAGCAGCCGCCUUCUGGGACUGUAGCGAAGCCAUCGUGGAAGUAG